CGGCACUUAGCUGUGCGCGGCUCGCUUGGGUUUGGGGUUUUGCAGCUGGCAGCUGGCUUUGUCCCCUCCCCUGUGUCGGUCUCUCCUUCUUGUUUUAGGUUGCUCCACCCCGCCCAGGAUCAGGCGAGGGGGAACCAGUGGCGCUGCGCCUGCCAACUCGCGCCGAGUGCGUCUGCGAACUCCGGGAGCGGAGUCCCGCGUGCCGCCUGCUCCCUGCGGGACGCGCUCGCCUCGCUCCCUCCGGCCCCGCGUUCUCCCCGCCGCAACCCUUCCCCACUUUUCCCCCCUUUUGCAAUCACAUGGCAUUUUAAGAAUGCCGGAAAGAUGGCGGUAGCGGCGGCGGCGGCGGCGGCUGGGCCGGCUGGCGGGGGAGGCGGCCGGGCGCAGCGGAGCGGUCUGCUGGAAGUUUUGGUGCGGGAUCGCUGGCAUAAAGUUCUGGUGAACUUGAGCGAGGACGCCCUGGUUCUCAGCUGUGAGGAGGGCGCUGCGGCGUACAACGGCAUCGGGACUGCCACCAAUGGCUCUUUCUGCAGGGGCGCUGGGGCCGGGCACCCGGGUUCCGGAGGCGCGCAGCCCCCCGACUCCCCUGCAGGGGUCCGCACAGCCUUCACCGACCUGCCGGAACAGGUGCCCGAGUCCAUCUCCAACCAGAAGCGCGGCGUGAAGGUGCUGAAGCAGGAGUUGGGAGGACUGGGCAUCAGCAUCAAAGGGGGCAAGGAGAACAAGAUGCCUAUCCUCAUCAGCAAGAUCUUCAAGGGGCUGGCGGCCGACCAGACCCAAGCCCUGUACGUGGGCGAUGCCAUCCUGUCGGUGAACGGAGCAGACCUGCGGGACGCCACCCACGACGAGGCGGUGCAGGCGCUGAAACGCGCUGGCAAGGAAGUGCUGCUGGAAGUGAAGUACAUGCGAGAAGCCACGCCCUAUGUGAAGAAGGGAUCGCCUGUGUCCGAGAUCGGCUGGGAAACGCCCCCGCCUGAGUCCCCCAGGUUAGGGGGCGGCUCCUCAGACCCUCUGUCGUCGCAGGCCUUCUCCUUCCAUAGAGACCGGAAAAGCAUCCCCCUCAAAAUGUGCUACGUCACUCGGAGCAUGGCCUUGGCUGACCCUGAGAACAGGCAGUUUGAAAUCCACUCUCCAGAUGCAAAGCACACUGUGAUACUAAGGAGCAAGGAUUCAGCCACGGCCCAGGCCUGGUUUAGUGCCAUUCAUUCCAAUGUUAGUGACCUGGUGAGCCGAGUGAUUGCCGAGGUCAGAGAGCAGCUGGGGAAAACAGGCAUUGCUGGGAGCCGAGAGAUCAGGCACCUUGGCUGGCUUGCAGAAAAGGUGCCAGGGGAGAGUGAGAAACCGUGGAAACCAGUCCUGGUUGUUCUGACGGAGAAAGACCUUUUAAUCUAUGACAGCAUGCCUCGGAGGAAGGAAGCAUGGUUCAGCCCAGCUCACUCAUACCCUCUUCUUGCCACCAGGCUGGUACAUUCAGGUCCAGGGAAGGGAUCACCUCAGGCUGGCAUGGAUCUGUCCUUUGCAACCCGAACUGGUACCAAGCAAGGCAUUGAAACACAUCUCUUCAGGGCAGAGAUCAGCAGGGACCUCUCGCAUUGGACCAGGAGCAUCGUACAGGGGUGCCACAACUCGGCGGAACUCAUUGCGGAAAUCACCACCCCCUGCACCUACAAAAACCAGGAGUGCCGCCUGACCAUCCAUUAUGAGAACGGAUUUUCUGUCUCCACCGAGCCACAGGAGGGUGCCUUUCCCAAGACAAUCAUACAAUCCCCUUAUGAAAAGCUCAAAAUGUCUUCUGAUGAUGGAAUCAGGAUGCUGUAUUUAGAUUUUGGAGGCAAAGAAGGAGAGAUUCAACUGGAUCUUCAUUCCUGCCCCAAGCCGAUCGUCUUCAUCAUUCAUUCCUUUCUCUCGGCUAAGAUUACAAGACUGGGCUUGGUGGCCUAAACAGAGGGGCGACUUGCCUUAGAAAAGAGGUCUGCUGUGCCACCAGAGUGUGACGUCAGGCACCACCUGUAGUGAGCAGUGCACCCGAUGUAGCACCAUGGCCAGCUUCAGGUCUCGGGAGUCACGUGCCGCUGUCCCAGGGUCCUCUGUCAGUUCAGCAACUACACAGGGUACUCUAAGACAAUACCAUGAGGAAGAUGAGAGUAGAACUUUUUAGAACAGAGCGGGGUUAAAGAAGUGAUAUGACAUAGCAUAGCUUCUAAAACAUGACAAUCAAGGACAUGGCCAUUAGAACAGCAUGUGCAGAUCUCAAUCAUACCAGUUUCUAGGCGACUGGUUCACCCAGGUAAGCAAGGGCUGAGUACGUGAGAAAUGGCUCAUUUCAUUUACUCCUUCCGCCCCGGCAACAAUGAUCCCUAGUUCUAUUGUGAUUUUAUUUCCUAAUUCUAGUUGACUUGACUUUCACUGGUAGGGAAAGAAAAAUACUGUAAAUGGAAACCCACCUUUCAUUGAAGUAUGAAGCAACUGUUGUUUCUUUUUUCUUAAUCAGUUGUCUUUCAGUGAUGUAGAAUGAUUCCAAAGUGUUCUCACUGGCAUAGGUUGAGCAGGAAUUAAAUAAAACAUCAGAUGCUGAUCUGAGCUAUAAGCUAGUAGAAUCUGAGCCAAAGUAGACUGCUUAAAUUGCAAAGCUUUGCUGAAGAGUUGUGUGUACAAAAGAUGAUUAAUUCUGGGAUUACACUCACACCAAGGUCUGCUAUCUUAUAGCCAAGACUGAUAGCUUUAUUUAUAGAAAGAAAGUUGUAUUUAAAAAAAAGAGAUUGUCAUCUGAUUCAUAUAUAUAUAUAUAUAUAUGCAUAUAUGCCCAUAUCAUAUAUGCAUAUGUAUAAUUAUAGAUAAAAAGCAAUCCAUCUGAUUGGGGUUAAUUAAUUGUCCCCACUUCAUUGUUUUCAAUGGAAGUACUCAGCAAUUGAUUGACCUUUCUUUCUGCUUGUGCUUGUAUACAUGCAUUUCAAGCAGUCUCAUGUAAUUCUGGAUGAUGGUGGGUUUUACAUAUGGACCCAGCACUGUAGUCAGAUCUACUGAUAGCAUCUGCAACUCUUUUGGGAUUCCAGGGAAAUAAUAUAAUGACCUGAUAUUUUUCUAUGAGAAUAUUUUGAGACAGUAUAUAGCACAUUACUGAUUUAAUGCUUUUGCUUUUAUCCUUCAAAAUUAAUUCACUAAAAAUAACAUCCAUUAUUUGAUUUUGGUGUAGCUUUCUCAAACCUUCAAAAUUAGCCCUAGAAUUUCUGUGAGCAUUUCUGUACUCCUUUCCCCUGUAGUUUACAUGGACAAGUGUUCUGUGUUAGACCAUAUUUUAAGAGUUAUAUUUUAGCAAAUACCUAUGCAAAGAGCUUUAAAAAGUGAAUUUUUUAAAAAAAAAAAAGUAGAUUUGCUCCCUUGAACAUAAAUGUUUAUUGAGUUGUAAAGUUUUAUUUUAAAUCAACAUUUUCCCAAAUUAUGUAGCGUACAACACUAGUUCCAAGGGGCUUUGAUUAAGUAGUGAUUUAAUCAGGGGUUUGGAUAGGGGUUUGGUAAUAAAAAUCUUUGUUCAAUACUGAGUUUUAAAAUGUUAAACAGAUUUCAUGACCGCCAGCCACUUCAAAAACUCUAAUGCUCAUUGUGAUUCUUCAAGUGGGUUUUGAGUGGGUGGAUCCAGUGUGUCCUUUCUUAUACUUACCCACAGAACUUUCUGGGAGCAUCUUGUGAAGUUAGCAUUUUAUAAACCAUGCUUUAGUAAACAAAGCUUUAGGACGCUGACAUUUUAUUGUUUGUUUCCUAUUUUAAAAUGCUGAAGAGUGAAGUCUUAGCUUAAAUACUGUAAGAAAGCAUUGACGCAUUUGUAAAUUACAUUGCACUCUUUCACUAUAUAUUUUCAAAAUCACUGGAAUGUUGUUAUACAAGAGAAUUAUACUUGUGUAUUGUAAAUAACAUAUUAAAAUGCAUAUAUUAAUGCCAAUAGUUUAAUUCAACAAUAUGUAAUCUAAGGUGCUCGGUACUACAUGAAGUAUGAGUUAAUGACUCAUAAUUAAGUUGCAAAGAUCCUAUAUAUAUUUAUAGACAAAUUAAAAUGAUCAUAAUUACAAAUAUUAUUUCCUCAUUGCUUAAGUUUUGGACUGAUUGAUACUUGUGUGAGAGUCAACAGAAAUAUAUACUCUUCAUUUAUAAAAAUUUAAUUUAAAUAUUUAUAUUUUAGGAAAAAUAUAUUUCAAUAAAAUUAAUGCAUUUUCUGAAGUAAGUUAAAAUGUGUUAUUAGCAAAGAAAUAGAAAAUUUUACUAAGACAAUUGUGUAUAUGAACCAUUUUUUCCUCCCAAUUAAAGUGUAUCAUAUCAGAGUGACUAUAAUGAAUAAUUUAAAAUAAUCAGCUUUUUUCUCACUUUGAAUUCAGAGAGUUAGAAUGAAUACUGUAUAUCUUCAUCUUAUUUGGAUGUGUGUUAGUGUAUACGGCACAGACUCAGAUCUGGAUCAUGUCUGAGUCAAUAGAUCAACUGAGUCAUUCUGGGGAACUUUUUUUUCUAAUUUGCCGUGUGUACAAUCUCAUGAAUUAUUAAAUUCACAGUGUUUGUCUCUACAUGAAAACCAUACAGGUGAGCAAUAGUUUGAUCUGUACUUUGUGGUAAGCUGCCCAUUGUCAUUAGAUGAAGGCAAGUUCUCUGGUGUGAGGAUAUCCCUGUAAUCCAUCUUAACAGAAAUUUCAAAAAGGCCAAUAGAAAUAUGGUUAUAGAUUUUUUUUCUGAUUUGAACUAAGUAGGAAAAAUAAUGCCAUAAAUUUAUUACAAAAUACACAGGCAGAGGCAUUUAAUUAAUUUGUUCAAUUGGUCCUUUGUCCAAAAGCUUGUUGACCCUGCUUGGUUGAAGUCAGAAAGAAUGGUCUUAAUGGUUAGCAAGAUUCUCCUAAAAUUAAUGGACAGGACAUUUGUAGCCCAUUUUACAAAUAUUAGAUAUUCCAUAUUGAGGGGAUCAGAGUAGGUUGGGGUGAGAGAAUGAUUUUUGGAUGUACCUUAAGGUAUUUUUGUUUCAGUGUCUGUUUAUAGCACCGUGAACAUCAUGUACUGUUUACAUGUGGAUUAAAUAAAUAUUCACCCCUGA